AUGAGAUCUCCUAAGCCAACGCCGCCAAGCAACAAACCAGAUAAUGAGAUAUCCAUCAGUCAUACUUGGAGACAUGCUCUUGCGAUACAGAUCGAGAACAACCAAGGCGAACUUCCAUGUCCUGUGGCGACACAGGGUGCUCACCUCAUCCCUCCGCCACCAACACCUGCUUUCCAAACAAGCAUUCCCAACACAGUCUUCAUUCGAAGCCUCACUAGCAAACUCAAACUUCUUCAAAUGCGUCAAAAUAUCCGAAUAGGCCUCUACGGUGCAGAGUUUGCCGACCAGUGGCCGAUAUCCAGGACGCCAAGAGAUCUUGCCAAGGACGCUGCUAAUAGAGUCACCAAGAUACACGAUGACCUAUUAUUAGCCUUGGGCGAUGACACAGAAACAGAUGAGGAAGAGGAUGGGAGGUGCGGUAUACAAAGUGAGUUAAUAUCUGCGGCCUGCCGAAAGCGCAUGUCUGAGGCAAGGGAGAAGAGGAAGAAGAGAGACGUUCCGCUCCCUUCGCCUGAAGGAACGGACGAUGAUACGACUGGAGAGAUAAGGAAGAGGAAGAGGGACGACAUUGACUUGGUGGAGCCAACGCGGAAGAGAAAGAGAGAUGCAACAAGGAGACAUUGA